AUGGCACCAUCCGAUGAUGAAUAUUCGCAAGCCAUAAUCAAGUCCCAUCUUGAGACCCCUACGAAGGAGCACUCUGCCAACCUUGAAAAGAUGAACAAGACGGUAGAUGCUUCUGCUACUGUUUCUAUGAAGAGUUGUAUAGCUGAUGUAAAUGUCCGGCUUUUGGAUAUUAUUGAGAUUCAUGACACAAUGAUCAUAAUCACGAUGAAGAAGCAUCUUUAUGAGAAACUCAGGAUCGCCUUUUCCAUGCUUCAGAGACUAGAAGGGGUUAUCGAAUCUAGCUCUAUUUCAAAACAAGGGGCUGAAUGUGUGACUCAAUCCAAGAAGGAAGACCCCAAACCUUCAGUCAAGCAUACUGCCUAG